UAGCAGAAGGGCGAAUCUGGACGGUACAGCGGCGGAGACUGAGCGCUGCUGCAGUCGGUCCCGCACGGCGCUGUCCGGACACUCUGCAGGGCGCAAAGCGAAGGCGCAGCGCAGCGCAGUGCAGUGUGGGCUCCGUCAGUCACUCAGGGCUCCGUGUUCUUCUGAACGCGCCGCCGCCGCCGCCGCUCUGCUAACCUAGCGCUGCUGCCGUGCUUAAGCUCAAAGUCAAUGCAGCCUCCUCCUCCUCCUCAUCCGCCCUCAGAUCCACACCGCUGCUCUCUCUCUGUCUCACACGCACUGCUGCUGCUCUCUGGGCUUUAGACUCACACGCGGACUGUAGCGGUGUGUGUCUUGGAGACACCCGGGGGGCCGGAGCACGGAGACACACUCUGCCCUGGCCGGACACGGUUGGAAGCGGCCGGAUAAGCCGAGGAGGAGAAAGCGGGCUGCGCUGGUACAUCAUCACCCCCCCCUGGCACCGGCAGGAUGGACUGGUUCAUGGGGAAGUCUAAAACGAAGCCCAAUGGAAAGAAGCCUCCAGCUGAAGAGAAGAAGCACUAUUUGGAGCCGGAGUACACUAAAGUGCGGGUGGUGGACUUCGACCUCAAAGAGCUGGUGGUGCUGCCCAGAGAGAUAGACCUCAAUGAAUGGCUGGCCAGCAACACAACAACCUUCUUUAAUCUCAUCAACCUGCAAUAUAGCACAAUCUCAGAGUUUUGCACUGGCGACACAUGUCAAGCCAUGACGGCAUGCAAUACAAUAUACUACUGGUAUGAUGAAAGGGGGAAGAAGACCAAGUGUACAGGACCUCAGUAUGUGGACUUUGUCAUGAGUUUAGUGCAGAAACUAGUGACGGAUGAGGAAAUCUUCCCAACGAAAUAUGGUAAAGAGUUCCCUAACUCGUUUGAGUCUCUGGUGAAGAAGAUCUGCCGAUACCUGUUCCACGUGCUGGCACACAUCUACUGGGCGCACUUUAAGGAGACGGUGGCGCUGGAGCUGCAGGGACACUUAAACACGCUGUAUGCACAUUUUAUCGUCUUUGUGAGGGAAUUCAAUCUGGUUGACCCAAAGGAGACAUGCAUCAUGGACGACCUGUCGGAGGUGCUGUGCACCCCUCUGCCCCCCUCCCCUCAACAGAACCACGUGACUGAAAGAUGAGCCGCCAGCAUUGCCGCCGAGCCCCAUUAGCGCAGAAGAAAAGGAGGAUGAAGAGGGAGUGAGACGAGGCCCUGGGCAGGGCCGGGCUGCUAGCAGGACUCGCAGACCCUUUGACAUCCUGAUCACUUUUUACCACCAUAAGAGUCGGUCAAAGGGGCGGAGCAGGGGGGGAGGCAGUGCCUCUGACCAGUGCACACUGGUGUGGAUUCCCCCUUCCAAAAAACAGCCCCACUGUCUACCUUGCAAUCUGACUAGGAACAAUGUUUUGCUUAUUUUUUUAAUUGUUUUAUCAUUUCAUUUUUAUUUUUGUGCACAUUCUUGGAGGAUGUGUGUUGUUUUAUGGGGAUGGUGUUUUUCAUAUUGGCCCUUAGUACCUUAUCAAAGCCUAAUUCAUGAGACUAAGGCACUGUCUGACGCUAUUAGAUGUUAUAGAGAAAUACAUUGAAAAUCUAGCACCCCCUCAUGUGGGAGAAAUAAUUAUUGCGAGGUACCAGCUGUCCUGACUGUGAGUUCUCUAUGACUGGGACUUCAUUAUAAAUGUUCGUUCCAGUCAAGCUGGUUCCACUUCACUUGUUGUCUCCACUCAUCACUCCUCAUCCUGCCUGUCUAUUUCCUCUCUCCCGUUCCUUCGUGCAUAGUUAAAUUCUAUUCUGAUGUGCUCAGGCGUUUUGAGAGGUCACGCAAUACUUUAAUACCAGAGAUGAAUGUCUUGGAAAGUUUUGAUCACCAGAAUGGUUAUUUCUUCUCUCUCAUACGGUGACCAGCAUCAAGCUGGUGGAAUGUGGAUAUGAUGACACAGAACGGGUGAGACUGAUGUGUGGGUCGAUGACACAGGUGGUUUCUGCCUAGGAUGAAAUCACCCUUUUUGUAUCAAUCCCAUUUGCUGGGGCAGAACGAUGAGGAUCCAUCCUCCAGGGUCACACUUUUUUUUUUUUUUUUGUUAUGAAAGAGUUCAUUGAAAUUAUGGCAACCUACUUGUAUGUAGAACAUGCACAUUCUGCUUGCAGUUUUAAGAAAUAGAUUGUAACUAUAUAGACAAAAUCGCAAGUGGGUUAUGUCAGAAUAGCCACCAUGGAGGGAGACGUGUCUCCUCUUUUAUUUAUUUUAACUUUUUAUUUGCAGGGUUCUUCUGUUCUCGCUUUCUUUUAUGUAUUUUAAUUAUCUAAGUUAAAGCAAUUUAUUAUUUUAAGCUCUGCAAAUUAUAAUCUUAAUAAAAGAUGAAAAAAGUACCAA